AUGGACGACAAAAGCAUCCUCGAGCCUGAGCCUCGCUAUGUCGACACGAUUCCAGACAAUGCAGGCAGCACUACGAUCGAGAAACCAUUCCCCUUUCUUGACCUGCCUCCAGAGGUCCGCAACAAAAUUUAUCAAUGUCCCUGCAUUUACGAGACUCUCAGUUUGCGGGCACGUGGGCAGGUCUGGGCCUCGUUCGCAGAUCUGCGGCAGGCCUCAAUCACUCGUGUCAAUAAGCAAAUCCGCAAUGAGACGUUGCCGAUCUUUUACGGAAAUCACGACUUCAUCAUUCGUCUUCCCCCACUUCCCUCGGACUGGCAGAGCAUGCGCCCUCGUCACGAGGCUUACCAUGACCACCCCUUCGAACAUUUUUGGAGGAGGUUGGACGCCUUCACGCCAGAUCAAAAGAACAACUUGCAAGAAAACUCGCUACAAUUUCUUUCAAGCUUUACGCUUGAAAUCAAAAUUGACCCUUCGAGGCAGUGGCGCCUCGCCAUGGUGGGCUUCUUCAUGUCCAGCAGGGAGCUCGAUUGCGACGAGGAUGUGGUCUGGGAGGAGGCGGCCUUAGUGAAAACUGCGGGCGUGGACUGGAACAAUUGCUUUCAGGUCAAAGAGGCUUACCUCAGGGCGGUCGACUCUUGCCUGUUAGUUCGUGAGGCCCACGACCUCUUCAAUAUGCCGGGGGUCUGCUGUCGCCAAGUUGACCAGGCCGCGAGUGCGCUGGCAGCUCUGAUGUGCCGCGUCGCGAAGCUAUGCCCCCAUUUGACGAACAAUGUCACGGCCUUGAUCGACCCGAGCCAUGAGUUUGCCGAGGAUAUGGCAGAGAAGCAAGCCCGAGAAACACUAAUAGUGCUUGGACAAUAA